AUGUCUUGGGAACCCCAGCAGGAGCCGCUGCGGCAGCUCGCUCUGUGUCUCAAGGACUCACUCAGCGGCCAUGACCAGAAUGCGCAAAAGAAUGCGGAGCUCAUGCUCGCGCAAGCCAAGCGCGCCCCCGACAUCGAGAACUACCUCGUCUGCCUCUUCACCAGCUCCCAGCCCCCGGCUGGCAUCGAUCUUACUCCCGAAUACUACACCAUGGCAAGAAGUGCUGCGGCAAUCAUGUUGAAGAACGAUAUCAAGACACACUACAAGUCGAUCCCCGAUGACAGCAAGGCAUUCAUCCGCUCAACCAUCCUGAACGCACUUCAAGAUCCCAGUGAACAGAUGCGGAACUAUGCAGGGAACGUGAUCACCGAGGUUGUGCGACAGGGCGGCAUCCUUGGGUGGCCCCAGAUUCUUGCAGAGCUCAUUUCAUUGGUUUCCAACCAGAGCGGCUCUGUUUCACCGGAGACUCAAGAGGGCGCCAUGGGCGCGUUACUCAAGAUAUGCGAGGACAACAGGCGCGCCCUGGACCGAGACUAUCAGGGCCAACGUCCGCUGGAUUUCAUCUUCCCCAAGCUACUGGACUUUACCAACAGCCAACGGCCCAAGGUCCGCGCCAAUGCUUUGGCAGCCAUCAAUGUCUUCGUCCCUGACAAGCAAUCCGCUGUCGUCAACAGCCUCGACGCUCUUCUCCUGGCCCUCUUCCGCCUUGCCAGUGACAACAGCGGUGAGGUACGGAAGCAUGUCUGCCGCGCCUUUGUUCACAUCGCCGAGAUCAGUCCCGAGAGGAUUGUUCCGCACAUGGAGGGUCUUGUGGACUAUAUGGUUACGCAGCAACGCUCCGUGGAGGACUCGGAGCUCGCACUUGACGCCGCUGAGUUCUGGUUGUGUGUGGGUGAAGAUGAUAACCUCCGGAACUCGCUUGGCCCUUACCUUCCCAAGAUCGUCCCCGUGCUCCUUGAGAGCAUGGUUUAUAGCGAGGAUGAUAUUCUCCGACUUGAAGGCGAGAGGGAUGAUGCCGAACAAGAGGAUCGCGAGCAAGAUAUCAAGCCUACCUUUGCUAGUUCCAAGGCCAACCGGUUUACCACGGCAAAUGGAGAUACGGCGGAUCCCGACAAGAGCGCAGUUCCAAAAUCCUUUGGUGAUGAUGACUUGAGCGAUGGCGAGCUCGAGGACUUUGACGAUGACGAUGAUGAUGAGGACGGCUUGGAUCCCGAAGACCAAUGGAACCUGAGGAAAUGCUCGGCUGCUGCUCUGGACGUCCUCGCUUCGGUCUUCCACCAGCCCGUUUUCGAGGUUACCCUUCCUUAUCUCAAGGAGAAUCUUGUUCACGCCGAAUGGCCAAACCGCGAGGCUGCGGUCUUGGCACUUGGAGCCAUUGCCGAUGGCUGCAUGGAUGUCGUUCAACCCCACCUUCCGGAGCUCACUCGGUACCUCAUUUCUUUACUGCAGGACAAGGAGCCUGUCGUACGCCAAAUCACCUGCUGGUCGCUCGGACGGUAUUCCUCCUGGGCGGCACACCUUGAUCCAUCUGGCCAGAGGGAAUACUUCGAGCCGAUGAUGGAUGGAAUUCUAAAGAGAAUGCUGGAUCCCAACAAGCGUGUGCAAGAAGCUGCGGCGUCUGCUUUUGCCAACCUGGAAGAAAAGGCAAAUGCUCAACUGACUCCGUACUGCACGGUGAUCGUCAAGCAAUUCGUUGAAUGCUUCGCUAGGUACAAAGACCGCAACAUGUUCAUCCUGUACGACUGUGUUCAGACUUUGGCGGAGCACGUCGGUCCGGCACUGAAGGCUCCUGAACUCGUCAACCUCCUCAUGCCGGCCCUCAUCCAACGCUGGAACAAGGUUUCAGACCACUCAAGGGAGAUGUUCCCGUUGCUAGAGUGUCUGUCUUAUGUGGCUACUGCCCUCGGCGACCUCUUUGCCCCCUACGCCAAACCGAUUUUCACAAGAUGUAUCAACAUCGUACAUCAAAACCUGGAGGAAUAUUUCCAAGCUACCGCCAACCCAGGUCUCGAUGAGCCAGACAAGGACUUUCUGGUCACCAGUCUUGAUCUUUUGAGCGCAAUCAUCCAAUCCCUCGAGGAGCCGAAGAGCACAGAACUGGUGGCGACAUCUCAGCCAAACAUGUUCGAGCUAUUGGCUUAUUGCAUGAAGGACGUGAAUAAUGACGUGCGUCAGUCUGCCUACGCCCUACUUGGUGACUGUGCGAUCUACGUCUUUCCUCAACUCCAGGCGUUCCUUCCGUCGAUCCUUGAGAUCCUGAUAGCACAGCUUGACCUGGACCACACCGUGGCUAGCGUGGAAGAUAACGGAUUCUCUGUCGUCAACAAUGCUUGCUGGUCUGUUGGAGAGAUAGCAAUGCGCCAGAGAGAAGGCAUGGCGCCCUACGUCGAGCGACUCCUUCAGAAGCUUGCAACAAUUCUCUUCAAUGGCAAGGUUCCGAUGUCGUUGAACGAAAAUGCCGCCAUUGCCCUCGGGAGACUGGGCAUCGGUAAUGCUCAGGCGCUUGCGCCGCAUUUGGGAACGUUUGCGCCCUACUUCAUCAAUGCCAUAAAACACGUCGACUGGACCGAUGAAAAAGGACACGCACUGAAUGGAUUCAUCAACAUCGUCCUGCACAACCCGCAGGCCAUGGAGCAAUGCUUGCUGGACUUCUUUGCGGAGAUGGCGUCAGCGCCGAGCGAGUUCCUCUGCACACCCAAUCCAGACGGGCCGGCAGAACCGUUCUCGAGGGUAAAUUUACGCCAGAUCUAUCAUGAAGUUUCACUAAUGCUUGGCCAGGCCCUCAUGCAGUACAAAAACAUGAUUCCGGAUUUCGAUGCAUUUCUGCACCAUCUGCCGGCCGACAAGGAGCAGGCGCUGAGGCAGACGUAUCACUUGUGA